AUGACGACGACAAAGGACCCAGAAUCUGUUUACCAGAUAACCGUCGAGGAUGCAAGUGGAAAGAGCUUAGAACUCAGUCAAUACAAAGACAAAGUCCUUUUAAUUGUCAAUGUUGCUUCCAAAUGUGGGCUCACAAAUUCAAACUACACUGAAUUGAAUGAGCUUUACAACAAGUACAAAGACAAAGGUCUAGAGAUUCUUGCAUUUCCCUGUAACCAAUUUGCCGAAGAAGAACCGGGAACUGCUGAAGAAAUCACCGACUUUGUCUGUACUCGUUUCAAAUCCGAAUUCCCCAUUUUCAACAAGAUUGAAGUAAACGGAGAGAAUGCUUCUCCUCUGUAUAAGUUCUUGAAGAAAGGCCAAUGGGGGUUCUUUGGGGACGACAUUCAAUGGAACUUUGCUAAGUUUCUUGUUGACAAGACUGGUCAAGCUUCUCAACGUUACUAUCCAACCACUGAUCCUCUUGCUCUUGAGCAUGACAUCAAGAAGCUUCUCAACAUCUCCUGA